AUGGCCGCCCGCCCCGGGCCGCUGUGGCUCGUGGGCCUGGCGCUGUGCGCGCUGAGCGGCGGCGGCCCCGGCCCGCGCGCCCCGGCCGGCUGUCCGGCCCGCCGCCUGGGCCCGCGCGAGCGCCGCGACAUGCAGCGCGAGAUCCUGGCGGUGCUCGGGCUGCCCGGGCGGCCCCGGCCCCGCGCGCCGUCCGCCGCCGCCCGGCUGCCCGCGUCGGCGCCGCUCUUCAUGCUGGACCUGUACCACGCCAUGGCCCGCGACGACGACGAGGACGGCGGCCCCCCCGAGCGGCGCCCGGGCCGCGCCGACCUGGUCAUGAGCUUCGUCAACAUGGUGGAGCGUGACCGUACCCUGGGCCACCAGGAGCCCCACUGGAAGGAGUUCCGCUUUGACCUGACCCAGAUCCCAGAGGGGGAGAUGGUCACAGCCGCUGAGUUCCGGAUUUACAAGAUGGCCAGCACCCACCUGCUCAACGGGACCCUGCACGUCAGCAUGUUCGAGGUGGUCAGAGAGCAGUCCAACAGGGAGUCUGACUUGUUCUUUUUGGAUCUUCAGACGCUCCGAGCUGGGGACGAGGGCUGGCUGGUGUUGGACGUGACAGCAGCCAGUGACCGCUGGUUGUUGAGCCGGAACAAGGACCUGGGGCUCCGCCUCUAUGUGGAAACGGACGAUGGGCACAGCGUGGAUCCUGGCCUGGCUGGCCUGCUGGGGCGACGGGCGCCGGGCUCCAAACAGCCUUUCCUGGUCACUUUUUUCAGGGCGAGCCCUGGUCCUGUCCGAGCCCCUCGGGCAGCGAGGCCCCUGAAGAGGAGGCCGCCCAAGAAAACCAACGAGCUGCCACACCCGAACAAACUCCCGGGGAUCUUUGAUGACGUUCACGGCACUGACGGCCGGCAGGUUUGUCGGCGGCACGAGCUCUACGUCAGCUUCCAGGACCUCGGCUGGCUGGAUUGGGUCAUUGCUCCCCAAGGCUACUCAGCCUAUUACUGUGAGGGGGAGUGCUCCUUCCCGCUGGACUCAUGCAUGAAUGCCACCAACCACGCCAUCCUGCAGUCCCUGGUGCACCUGAUGAAGCCGGAUGCAGUCCCCAAGGCGUGCUGCGCCCCCACGAAGCUGAGCGCCACCUCCGUGCUCUACUAUGACAGCAGCAACAAUGUCAUCCUGCGCAAGCACCGCAACAUGGUGGUCAGGGCCUGUGGCUGCCACUGAGGCCCGGCCCCGCCGCUGCAGAGCCUCCCGCCUGGAUCAGGCACCUCUCCAGACGCAGGAAACCCUCAAAUGCCAUCACAGCUCAGGUGGGGUGGCAGAAAGGACCCCUACUUGCAUCCCUGCCAGGGUCUCCCCAGGUCCCUCUGCCCCCUCCCCCCGAUGUCUGUAGACUGGCUGGCCUGAUGUGCGCGGCAGCCUCCGAGGCAUGCUGACUGCACUGUCUUCAGCUCAGACAUCCUGUCUUAGGAUCUGUCCUUGGCUAUCCCCAACCCAGACUGUAGCUGACCCAGGCCUGUCUGAGGAGCAUCUGGAGUGUGAGCUUAGCUGGCUGGGCUUUGAGUGGGGAGAAGGAGGUCUGUCCCUCUUUAUAAGCACCACACUGGGAAUUUCCAGGGCACAGAGAUGCAGUUGUGCUCAGUAGUGUAUCACUGGGCUCUUAACUUGGCCCACUGGCAGCACACUGGAAGAAGAACGAGCUGGAUGAGCCUCAUGCUAAGACUGAGGGUGACAGGGAUGUUUUAUGGCAUAUGCUUUCCCCUCCUUGGGAAAGUGGUAUGAUGCCCCCACCCCAACCCAGAAGCAAAUAACCUUGGAGGCUUCCAGUUUCCUCUGCGUUUUUUCCAUGUGAGGCUUAGCACUGACACAAAGUGAACUCAGUUUCCCCACACUAAGGAGCAACCCAUUCUACCCAUAGUAUGGUGCUUGGGCCACCUCGGGCCAGGCACAGGGCAAGGAGGGAACUGUCUGCUAGAACCGAGGAUUUAAGAACAGGCUGCUCAACAGUCUAUACCACAUUGUGUGCCCAGAAGCACUGUGCUGUUUCUUGAGGCCUGUGAACCAAAGGUCCCUGUCCCAAGGGAAUGACAGGCAGUAAUUAGGCUGACCUGGGUGAAGGUUCCCGAAAAUCGUUAUUCUCCUCAGAGCAGCCGCCAUAGGCAGUUGGGAGUGUUUGUUUGAUUUCUGACUUGCUAAGCCUGUAAUUUACCUGCUGGAGCAGACAGAGUUCAGCUGCCCGAGCCCUGAAAUACUGUGUCAUUAAAAGCAGAUCCUGGGCCCGCCCAACCCACAGGCACAGCCCAGCCGAGGCAGAACCACCCCUGUGCCCAAGGAUGCGCAUCUCUGCCAUCACUCUGCACCCUGAGGAGGGGCCCCAGGACAGCAGGCGGGGCAGCAGUUGAGGAAUCUGGGGCCCUGCUGGACAGCAGCCCCUCCACAGGGACCUGGAAGGGACUGUGGAGCAAGUACAGAGGAAGAGACCCUCCCCGUGUACACAGAGGGCAGGCCCAGACUGUCUGCAAAGUGGGGAGUUCCCUAUUAGCCUGGGGCUUUGAGCUCUGGCUGGCAAGGGACUGAAUCCCAAAGUGGCUGGAAUGUCGGGAGACCUGUACUUUGGUUCCAACUCAGCCACUGAUGGGUUUGGUGUCAGGAUAAGUUCCCUUCCUGAUUCAAGCUUCAGUUCCUCAUCUGUGACACAAGGAUAUAAGCCUCCUUCCUGCCUGAAACGCUGGCUGUCUCCUCUGUCACAGAGCAAAGACAGCCUGAGUGCCCAGCUGCUGUGUACAUAGGACAUGAAACCCACCACUUCGGGGCCUUAGCAGCUCUCUCCUCCCAGUAUCAAUGACAGUGGAAGUUUGAAAACUUUUAACAAAUGUCAGUAUUUGGUUUCCUCAACACCUAGCACAUAACCUGGCAUGUUUUGGGGAUACCAAGAAAGCUUGUAGAAUGAACGUUUUAAAGAUGCAGACUGCCUUGUCUACUGGGUGUGCCGAAUAGGAAUGUAAGUAUCAUGAUCUGAACCCCUUUCUGUGCAAUAAAGCUGAAAGUACAGUGGUCAUGGACUUCCUGACAGACUUCUAGAACCUCCAGCCAGCCAACAAAUUGAAACCAACCAGAAAAGGCCUUGGAGAAGGGGGAGAAUUAUGGAUGCAAAGUCAAUGAAGGGGCAGCCAUCUUAUUUAUAUGGUUGCCUGAUACCCAAAGUUACGUUCAAGGCUGCACGUUAGAAUACAUAAGGGUGGUCAGCUCAGGCCCACUGACAGCAAAGUAAGUGCUGCCAGGAAGGCAGGCUGCAGAGGAACAGCCAAGUCUGGGGGCAGGGGUGCAGGGGGAACUGCUCUGUGCGCCUCACACCCAGCGCACCUCCAUAAUCAGAGCAUGGUACUGGCCCGGACGACAGCUCACCAGGCAAAGCCCUGUUCUUUUGUGUCUCUAUGUAAAGAAAUGGGUAACAUGCUUCGAGAAAUGCCCUGCAAUUUCACAGGAAAGGAGGCUGUGAAUAGGAUAUGGUGGGUUUUAGAGCCAGUAGACCUGGCAUAGAAUCCUGGCUCUGCCUCUUGUUAAUUUGACCAAAUUAUGUCACCUCUAAGUUAGAAAUUUUUCCUCUGGAGUAUUAGUACUGCCCUUGCAAGGCCAUCGUGGGGAUUUGGUGUGUCCACAAAGCACUCAGCACCGUGCGUGCAUGGGUACUGAAUGAACAGCAUUUACUAGUGGUCUUACUUUAAAUGAAUUUAUAGAUCUGGGCCUCCCCUGUUAAAACCUUCCUGUUAAAACCCCCUCCUUCCAGAACAUGUCCAGGAGGUGCUGCUGUGUCUACUUUAAAGCUGAGCUUUUCCUAAAAAAUCUAAAUUUGGUCAUCUCUAGGGAUGAGGUAGGGAAUUACACAAUCCCCUGCCUGUGGGAGUCCUGGCGUGCAGGGACCUACCGUGACUUGGGGACCUGUGGAGCCGGGGCCUCUGCUGAGGACUGAGGACGGGGCUGUGUUUUGUCCCCAUUUCUUCCCAAAGUCCAGAGUCCUACAGCUUCUGGGAAGCUGAAAGGGGAGCUUUCCUGGGGUUUCUCUUCUUACCAUGAAGCCUUGAGCAAGCAUUUGGACCUUUAAAAAGAAAAAAAAAAAGUUUUUCCUCACUUGUGUGCUAGGGAAAUUUUUGAAAAUAAAAAACAUCCCAGCAUAAUCCCCAAAAUGCAUAAUCCCAGUACACAGAGAUAAGCAUUGUUAAUAAUUCCUUCCAGUCUUUUUCUUUGACACAUACAUGUUUUUAUAUAGAACAUCUGGGUAUUUCAUGAAGUCAGGAUCAUACUCUAUGUACUGCUUGGUGAUCUGAUUUACUCGAUCUAUGAUGUAUUGAAAAUUUGUUAUUAAAUCUUCUUUGAAAACAGA